AUGGCUAGUCUGACGAACCGUGGAUCUGACGGCCGUACGAAUGGAAGUUGCGAGUCGGCAGGAGCAAAGCUGAAGUGCCUUGAUUCUGACGCUGGCAGUAGCAGGAAAAAGGAAGAGGAAGAGAAAGGUGAUGUGAAGGAGGCACACUUGUUACAGCUUCAAACGUUGGAAGAGCAGGUGAAGGGUAUGGAUGCCUGGCUGGUGGCACUUCAGAACGAGCAAAGUGGACUUGGUCAGUGCACUGGGGCAAACGGAGGGGUAGGAGAGCAAGCGGAAGAGGAAGCUGAAGAGGAAGAGGAAGAGGAAGAGGAAGAGGAAGAGCAAGAGGAAGAGGAAGAAGACUAUGAUGUGAGAGAAGCACGCUUGUCACGUUCCUUUCAAGAGUUGGUAGAGCAGGGGAAGUGUGUGGAUGCCUGGCUGCGGACUCUUCAGAACGAGCAAGGUGGAUUAGAUCAGUGCACUGGGGCAAACGGAGGGGCAGCAGAGCAAGCGGACGAGCAAGCGGAAGAGCAAGCAGAAGAGGAAGAGGAAGAGGAAGAGGAGGAGGAAGACGAAGAGGAGGGGGAAGAGGAAGAGGAAGAGGAGGAGGAAGAGGAGGAGGAAGAGGAGGAGGAAGAGGGAGAGGAAGAGGAAGAGGUAGAUGAAGUAGACUAUGCUGCGAGAGAAGCACGCUUGUCAAAGUCCCUUCUGGAGUUCGAAGAGAAGGUGAAUACUAAUGCAAUACUGCAGCGGGCACCCUGCUCUGGCGUCCAAAUCGACCAGGGUGAACCGGGUCAGCCCGACGGGACAAUCCGAACGGCAGCAGAGAGAGCAAGAGCUGAGGAAAGCCCGAAGCCGCUCCAGCUGCUGUCUCGGGCGGACAUGGUUCACUACUUGGACGUGACGGGUGGGUGGGAUCGCGAUCUCUGCGAGUGCUGCUUUGACCGGGCAGUGAGCAAGAGAGCGCAACGAGCACUCGCCAUAAAGAGCCUGGAGGACGUACAUUACCGCCACCUGUGCAGACACCAGCCGUAUUGCAUCCCCGCCGCAGCACCCGAGCAGCAGGAGCAGCAAGUCAAUUUGGAGUACUUUAUUCGGGCAGAGCUGGCGGUGCAGGAGGAACAGCAAGAGGGACGCCUACAACAAGAGGGACGUGGAAUCCGGCCAGAGGAGGAGUUUGCGUGGAAGGUGAGCAUGGCGCCUCUCUUCUGUGCGGAAGCGAUGCUGCUCGAGUGGAUGGCUGAGCCUCGUGUGGGCGUGCUCAUGGACCUUGGGAGGAUCCGAUCCCGCCUGCCUUCCAUUCUGGGUACGGCGAACGCUGCAGCAGAUGUGUUGUCGUCUCCAGCUGCAUCUGCUGCUGCUGCUGCUGCUGCUGCUGCUACUGCUGCUGCUGCUGCUGCUGCUGCUGCUGCUGCUGCUGCUGCUGCUGCUGCUGCUGCUGCUGCUGCUGCUGCUGCUGCUGCUGCUGCUGCUGCUGCUGCUGCUGCUGCUGCUGCUGCUACUGCUGCUGCUCCAGCUACUGCUGCUGCUGCUGCUGCUGCUUCCGCGGCAUGGUCCUGCUGCUGGCGCUGCAGCAGUUGCUGGGCUGCCUACCGCCGUGCUGUCAACUUCGCGACCUCCCUUGUUCUUGUAGCGAGAUCUUCCCGCAUUGUGACACUAUGGAGGGCUCACUUGUACUCGUAUUUGGCCGCCUGGCCAGCAAUUCUGGCCGAGCUAGGGGCGGGCAGGCAGGCAGAAAAUGACUGCCUUGCGUCCAUGCUGGUGCAGGUGCUUGGGGUGAAGGAGAGUGCUGACCUGCAGGAAGGGUUUGGGUUUUUUGUGCAGCAUGUGCUGUCAGGCGGGCUGGAGAAAGUACAUGGAGAGGGGAGGGGGGGAGACGGGAAGAGAGCUGCUGAGGAGGAUCAUACAGAGGGGAAGGCUUUUGAGACGUCUCAACAGACGCAUGCAGAGGGGAAGGGGGGAUGUGAGGGUGUGGGAGAAGCGAGUGCAGAACAGACGGGAGGACAUGUGGCGCUGGAGCGGGUGGUUGGUGGAGGAAGAUGGGGAGAGAGAAGGCCCGUGGGGGGAUUGUUGGAUGCUUCACAUGGGAAGGAGGAUGAGAGGCACGGGGAGGAGGGAGAGAGCAAGGGAGAGGUCCAAGGGGUUGCUAGCAAGUGCAGAAGGAUAAGGAAAGACUUGAAGUGGAGGGAGAAUGCGAAAGGGCUCGUAUGGAGGAGGUAUGUGGAUGGCAUGGCUUGGAUUUUGGAGCAUGGAGGGGGGGAAGGGAGGGAGAUCAGGUGCAGCACCUGCAUUGAGGAGGGUAGCAGCAGCAGCAGUAGCAGCAGCAGUAGCAGCAGCAGUAGCAUCAGUAACAGCAGCAGCAACAUGUUCGGUUCGGGUGCCAGCAGUACGAGCAGCAGUGCUCCCAAGGGCAUGCAUGUGAGUGGUGUAGGUGCGACUGACUUCGCCCUCGCUGUCACCGCAGCGUUGCUGAAACCAGAGCACUGGAAGGAAGCGCAGAUGUACUUCCAUGAUGCGAACCCUGUGGGCAAGGUGCAGGUAGAGAAGGCAGCUAUACAUGUAGCCAGGAAGAGGCUUCUGCAGCAUCGUUUCAAGCAAAAAAUGGGGGCGGAUGGAGGAGAAGGGGCGGGUGUAGGAGCAGCUCAGCCCACUAUAUCCGUUGCUACAAAUGCUGGGCUCGUGUCAGAUGAUAGGCUCUUGCCUGUCAAAAGACUUUUGCCUGUCAAUACGAGCUUUGUGGUUGCUGCCUUCACCUAUCGGGUCCGUUGCAUCUUGCAGUGGGUCCGAAUCUACGGCCCAGAUUCCAUCUCAAGAAGCCAGUGCUCGAAUGACGGCUCUCAGAGCCAGGUACGGGUUAUGCGCCACCCACUUCGGGACCUUCCAAGCCUGCUGGUCAGGUUUGGCGCCAUUCCCACGCCUUUGGAGGGAAGCAGCGUUCCUUUGGAGUGGGAGGAGUGGCCUCGGGGCGAUGAAGCUGCCGUGAAGUUUCCUGUCAACCCGAAAGAGCGAUGUUUUGGGCUUGGGAUUGUGGAGGAGUGCGGUGGAGCAGCAGAGAAGUGUAACCCACCUCCUCCUCAGCGCACAUCUGAAGCAGGAGGAAAGAGCAGGAGUGCAAGGGGAAAACGCUCUAAGGCAGCAGGGCCAGGAUCCAGUGUGGAAGCCGAAGCGAGCAGAGCAGGGAAGGGAUCCGAUGGGAAAGCCAAAGCACAUCCAAACAACGAGCAGAGAGUCACACUACCGCCCCCCAGAAGGAAGCUUCCUAUCGUGCGCUGCCAGGCAGAUGUGGACUUGCUAGUGGGGCUAGCCGGGUACGUCAUGGACCCGCCUGCAUGCUCCCACUGCACCCGCUGCUCCACUGACUUCAUGGCAUUCGCAUGCACUGCUGCUGUCAUCGCCAACUUUGCAUACCGCCCUGUCAGCCACCUCUUCUCACGGGUUCUCUCGACGUUCCCGCCGUCCUCCCCUGGGUUUGUCAAGCUGGUGGAGUGUCUGGACCUCCCUGCACCCCUGCCCAGGCCUGUGAACGUGCGUAUGCUGCUGGAGCGAGCGGAGCAGGUGCCUCUGUAUUUCCUCAUUCACAUGGCUAUGUGGUGCGCUCAUCCUCUUAUAAAGAACGAUUUGGUCGAGCGGGAAUGCAGUGGAAAAGGGAAGGAGGGGACAGGUGGGAGGUUGAAGGUGCGAAGCUGCUGGGAUUGUGAGAAGGGUCAGGAGAACGGUGGAGAGGUGUGGGAGGAGGUGGUGAUGUGGUAUUCCUCGGUGAUGGCUGCGUGGAGAUUCAACGUUGGGGGCGAGGGAGAGAGCGAGGAGUGCAGAGGAACCAGGAAGCAAGAGAGGCCGGAAAGGGGGUGGGACAUUACAUGGAUUCUUGAGGCAGCGAUCGUCCCGAGCAUCGGUGUUGCUGCUGCUGCUGCUGCUGCUGCUACUGCUGCUGGUGCAGCUGGUGCUGCUUCAGAUGUCCAAGGCCGUGUGUGCGGUGCUGCGGGGUGUGGGAGGGUGGAGGCUGGUGGUGGUGUGAAGCUGAGGAGUUGCGGUGGGUGUGGCAAGGUGGGGUAUUGCAGCAGAGACUGCCAGAAGGCGCACUGGCCCGCCCACAAGCUCACAUGCCCCGGCAGGACCAGUGGGAAGAGGCGUGGGAAGGAUGGGAACAGAGAUGGGUGCGAGAAAAUCGGCAAGGAGAGUGUUUGUGAGGGUAGUGGCGACAGCGGUGGUAAGGAAAGUGGAGUGAAUGGUGGAAAGAUGAUUGGCGAGGUCAGUUGCCUAGGGACAUGCAAGGACAGGUUUGAAAGCAUUCGUGAGGAGAGCUGGAUGAGGGGUGGCGAAGUUGCGGGAAGGAAGGAAGAGUAA